GUUCAUCGGUUCGAAGCCGGGACAAGUUCUCAUAUGAAGCAUUGAGGCUCAUGCCCUCACUCCCUUGUAGUUUUAAAGAUGAGGCGAUAGAGUAAUAGCAGAUCCCAUAAAAAGCAAUUAUCCAUAAUGGUCUCAAGUGAACCAGAACUAUUUUCAUGAUAUAAUUUUUGUGUUCAAUCUUACAUAUCAUAUAUUUCACAUUUCACUACUUCCUUUAAUAUAUAUAAAAUCAUAGAAACAUAAAUUUUAUAGUCACAAACAUGAAAAUCACUAAAGUUGAAUUAAGAAGAUAAAUAUCUAAUCCUAGCUUAGAAUUCAUCUUAAAAUAAUGACACAUCAGAUUGCUUUUAAAAAUUUGGAUUUUAUAACACUCAAUUAGAACAUAUAAAAAUAAUAUUAAAUUGCAUUAAAACAUUACUAUUACAUAAAGAUUCUCAUUUCUCAGUCAUUUUUAUAAUACAGUGACACACUGACAUGGGAUUUAAUAAAAAAGAAAGCAUCUUUCAUAUUCCUUUGUUCAAGGCAAAAGGAUAACAUAAACAACAAAAAGUUAUCCUUAGAAGUCUUUUAAUAAGUAAACACUCUCACUUUCCUUUCAUUUCAUUCUCUAUCUUCUUUGCAUCACAUAGAAAUGGAAUGGAUUUCAUGCACAAUUUUCAUCUUUUUGACACUUGGUUUGGUAUGUGCUUGGAGGGUGUUGAAUUGGUUGUGGCUUAGGCCAAAGAAGCUAGAGAAGUUGUUAAGAGAACAAGGUCUUCGUGGGAAUUCAUAUAGGAUCUUGGUUGGGGAUGUUAAGGAUCUUUUUAAGAUGGAAAAGGAAUCUAAAUCCAAAUCCAUGAAUCUCUCCGAUGAUAUUGUUCCACGUGUCAGUCCCUACAUCCAACAGUGUGUUAAAAUUCAUGGGAAGAAUUCUUUUAUUUGGUUUGGAACAAAGCCAAGGGUGAUUCUCACAGAACCUGAGCAAAUAAAAGAUGUAUUGAACAAGAUCUCGGAAUUUCCAAAGAGAAAUAAUAAAAUUUUCAAGUCACUAGCUAGUGGUCUUGCUAGCCAUCAAGGAGAAAAGUGGAGCAAGCAUAGAAGGCUAAUCAACCCAGCUUUCCAAUUAGAAAAAUUAAAGAUUAUGACACCAUCUUUUUUGACGAGUUGCAAUGAUUUGAUUGGUAAAUGGAAGGAAAUGUUGUCUUCGGAUGAAUUGUGUGAAAUAGAUAUAUGGCCUUCUCUUCAAAAUUUGACUAGUGAUGCUAUUUCUCGAACAGCAUUUGGAAGUAGUUAUGAAGAAGGAAAAAGAAUAUUUGAACUUCAAAGAGAGCUAGCUGGACUUAUAAUGAAAGAUUUAGUGAAAUCUUUCAUCCCUUUGUGGAGGUCUGUACCUACUACUGUCCAUAGAAAAAUGGAUGAAAUUGAUAGAGAUAUACAGUCUUCUCUUAAAGAUAUCAUAAUUAAUAAGAGGGAGAAAGCACUUGGUGAAUCUACUACAAAUGAUUUAUUGAGUAUUCUUCUUGAGUCAAAUCACAAGGAAAUAGGAGAAAAUACAAACAACAAGAAUGUAGGAAUGACUCUUGAUGAUGUAGUGGGGGAAUGCAAAUUAUUCUACUUUGCUGGACAAGAGACUACUUCAGUUUUGCUUGUUUGGACAAUGAUAUUGUUGAGUAGGUACCCUGAUUGGCAACACCGUGCAAGGGAGGAGGUGUUACAAAUCUUUGGAAAUAAAAAACCAGACUUUGAUGGCUUAAAUAAUUUGAAGAUUGUCACUAUGAUUUUGUACGAGGUUCUUAGGUUAUAUCCUCCUGUAAUUGGGCUUGUUCGACAAAUUGAGAAGGAUGUUAAACUUGGAAACCUAAUAUUACCUGGAGGAGUGGAAGUUUUCUUACCAAUUAUUCUACUUCACCAUGACUGCGAGCUUUGGGGUGAUGAUGCUAAGAUGUUCAAUCCUAAAAGAUUUUCUGAAGGUGUUUUAAAAGCAACAAAUGGGAGAUAUUCAUUUUUUCCAUUUGGAGGGGGUCCUAGAAUUUGCAUUGGACAAAAUUUUUCCAUGAUGGAAGCAAAGAUGGCAAUCACAACAAUUUUACAACAUUUCUCAUUUGAACUUUCACCAACCUAUACUCAUGCUCCAUCAACUAUGAUUACUCUUCAACCACAAUAUGGUGCUCAAAUUAUUAUACGCAAAGUGGAUACAUAAAAACUGAAUCGUAGUACAGUGAUGAACUGUGAAUUCUACAAUCUAGUAACGAUGUUCAGAAAUGUCAUAUUGUAAUUUUAAAUUACGAAAUUUUAAAUAUGAAUCUUAGGAGCCAUCAUGUUUUCUUCGCAUAAAUAUAAAUUGAAACUUU